AUGGUUUUCGCUUCGCCCGGAGAGCGCCCGCCACGCGUUCGCCACCGUCGCCAUGCCAGUUUGAGCCUGGUGACACUCGGCCCUGCAUCCCUCGACGAACUCCAUGAAAGGGGGGACCUGGAACUUCGUGCCACUUGUAUGCUGGCUCAGUCAACGGGACACCACCAUCGAUCUCCCUGUGGAUCCCCCCCGCCUACUACCGCUUCGAAGCCUCUCCAGGACGGCCCCAACAGGAGCCCCAAGCUUCGGUCCCGCGUCCCCCCUCCGAUGACGAGGACAUGGAUAUGUCCAGCUCCCGGAAACGCACCCACGAAAGAGAGCGAGGACGAGGAGCCAACCGGGCGACGUAAGCAGCCGUCGAGCUCUCCCCCAAGCCCGGAGCAGCAGACGGCAGCCAGCUGCCACGUGCAGCAACCGGACCACGGCAGCGCCAUUUCCCCACACUCGGGCAAAACAGCCACCACCUCCUCUCCGCCUGCCGCCCAAGACGGAGGCCCUCCAAAAAAGGCGAGUGCCACUUCUAGACAUCCCGCCGAGUCUACAGCCGCCUCCUCCGCGUCCCCUCCGAGCAAGGGCGUGCCCGGCACCAUCCUCGACGCGCCGUCUGCUCCUGAUGGCGGCGCGUCCCCUGCAGCGUCUGUUAGCGAACCAGCUGCAAACGAAAGCGCUACCGACGCGAUGGAGCUGACGGAUGCAACACCCACUGUUUCGUCACAUCAGGGCCCUGAUAACCCUGCGGCGCGGUUUCUGAAGGACCCAUCAUACCAGCCUGCUUCGCGGCCGAAGCCAAAGGGGAAGAAGAAGCAGAAGAAGAGGAAGGAGCCUGCCCAUGUUUCCCGUUCGUCUCCCGGGGCAACGUACGACUCGCGACGCCCACCCGCUACCCUGGUCACGCCCAGCGUGCCUACAGCCGCAGUACAGAGAGCAACGCCAUCCGCCCGCGAGUCCACCAUGUACGACUUCAUGCUGGUGCAGUCAAAGAGGGACGGGCGGUGUGCACGAGCCCUGGAGACUGCUGCACUCCCGGUUGACCCUGCGGUCGUCGGUACAGUGCUCUUCCGUCCCUCGGCGCCCGGUGGAACCUUCCGAGGAGCACCGCGCCUCUCACUCGCUGCAACUCUCUCUUCGCGGCCCGGUGUUGCAGUGGUUCGUGUUAACCAUAAACGCAACAUCGUGGCAGCCGAUACUACCACCCGGAAGUGCCUGGAGGAGCUGCUGGCAGUCACUGAGCUGCACGGAAUCCCAGUGACUGCCCGACUGCCAGCUGAGCGCGGCAAGAGCACCGACUUCCUACACGGGGUGGUCGGUUUACCCGCGGACAAAGACCUGCUGGGAGCCAUCGAGUCGAGCGUUCCCGUGCUAUCGGCAACGAGGGAGGAGAGCACCAUCACCAUCCGAUUCGCGGGACCGGUACCCCCUGAACACGUGCGCCUUUUCAAGCUCGGGUUCAGGGAGAGGCCUGCCAGGCCCCUUCCAGUGCAAUGUCGGCAGUGCGGCCGCUUCGGGCACGUGCUGGAGUCCUGCAGAUGA